CUGAAAGUAUUCGAACAUUUCACUUCCGAAAAGUCUUCUUACAUCAGGAUCAACAUCGUGUACAAAAAAAUGAUUUUGAAAGCCGACUGAGAAAAUUACAAUAACGCUCGUUUGUUUCGGAGGAUAAACGACAACAGGACAGCGAGAGUUUCAACAAACAAAUCAUAUAAUUAUGGUGUCGCCAGAGAUUAAAGAGUGCCUCAGCAAGAACUCAUCAGGUGUUUCAUUAAACACAAUAUUAAAAGAAGCAUCUCCAGAAUCAAAAUGUCCAAUAUGUCUGGAUCACUUCAAAAACAUAUCUUAUCUUGAUGUGUGCCUACAUAAGUUUUGCUUCUCGUGCAUUCACGAGUGGUCCAAGAACAAAGCGGAAUGCCCUUUAUGCAAACAGCCAUUCAACUCCAUCUAUCACACCAUCAAGGCAGAAAAUGAUUACAAGCGGUUUGACCUACGACCAACUGAAAAUGGGUCCUUUGGCAACAUGGCAGGGCAAAGAUUCAGGUACCGUACCACACUUACAGGCGACCGCAGACCAGCACCAAGGCGGACGUCUCCUCCCCCUGAUCAUGGAAUUUUAUUUGAGGGUCUGAGUGGAUCUCUUCCACAGCAGCACAACCGAGAUCUCCAUCGCAUGAUGAGGAGAUUGGCAGCCAGGCAACGGGCAGAGAGUGAGGGCAGGUCCACGCAGAGUCCUCAAGAACAAGAGGUGAUUAAAUUCAGACGGGCUUUGUACAGAAGAGGUGUGCGAGUACAAAGGGUGCAGGACGGUGGCCGUACCAGGGAGACCUCUGCAGAGUUCUUCAAAAGAAACCCUGCUUGUCUCCACAGGCUUGUGCCAUGGUUGAGACGGGAGCUUACUGUUCUGUACGGUUCCCAUGGUUCCCUUGUCAACAUAGUUCAGCACAUUAUUAUGACUCUGAUCACUCGACAUAACGUGGAUGACCAAGUUGUCGUACAUGAGCUUAGGCCCUACUUGCUGUCCCGUACGGAGCACUUCUUACAUGAGUUUCUUAGCUUUGCUCAAUCCCCAUUCAACAUGGGAGCAUAUGACCAGCAUGCUGUCUAUGACUUGCCUGGCCCGUCCGCUGAGAGUAGCAGUUCAGAUACCUCUGUGAUCGCCAUCUCUGAGGAUGAGGGUGAUCCUUUAAUGGAAGGAGCCCAAGAUUAUGCCACUCCUAGGGUUACCUUAAGCCAAGCAGCAUGGGAUGAUGAGACACCAGGACCAUCAUACUCUUCAGAACCUUCUCAGGUUUUACCUUUCCUUGUGGGGGACUCUGAAGCAGUAGUGUCCGUUGAGCCACAUCAGGACCAUCAAGUAAAUGCUGACUCGACUGCAUUGGUAAGGGAGCAUUCCUCUGACGGUGAUGAAGACUGUGUUAUUAUAGGCUAUGUUAAGCCUGUGACCGAAAGGACACCAGAACUAGUCCAGCUUUCCUCCGAUUCAGAACAGAGUGAGCAGAAUGGGGGACCACCAAGCCCACGAUCACCCCAACACAUUCGUUUUACUUCAGAGCCUGAUUCGCCACCCUCCGUCACUCAAAGCCUUUCAAGGAGGUCAAAGAGAGGGUCUCAGUCGCCUGACGACACCACGCAAAUGUCAUCCAAUCAACAUGGACAAGAAUAUGACAAAAGCCAUCUUAAAACAAAGUUGACAGGAUCUAGAGAACGAUCCUCACACAACAACAGGACACACUCCUGCUCUCAUAGCAGAAAGCACCCAUUCUCUAAAGAGGGUAAGGAUAAGUGGAGACAAGAAGAAGAGAACAGUCACCGCACUUCAUCUUUUUGGCAUUCAUAUAGCCAUUACAGUAAGAGAGACAGUGGCAGGAGAUAUUAUUCAGAGACAUGCUCGUCCUACUCCAGCUAUUACAGAAAUGUAUAUAAUCGCUCACGUUCUCCAUCACAUAGUAGAAGGCGAAGCAGGGAGCGUCGGGACAGAAGCCGCUCAUGGAGCAAUUCUCGAAUAAGCUCCAACUCCUCCAACCGUCAUGACAGAAGCGGCUCAAGGAGCAAUUCUAAAAUGAACUCCAACUCAUCCAGUCGCCAAGGCAGAAGCCACUCAAAGAGCAAUUCUAGAGUCCGGUCCUCUCAUCAGACGUCACGACAUGACGAAUCUGGCAAGAAGAGAAAGUACAAAACAAAGCAUCUAGAGGAACCCUCUGGGGAGAGUUCUAGAAAGUCAUAUGCUGAGUCGGCUGACGAUUGUGCAAAGAAGAAAAACAAGAAACAUCAUAAGAAGUCCAAGAGGAAAAGUAGGAGUCCAAGCACGGACAUUGUUUAUGAUGACAAAUCUGAGAGGCACAAUAGGAAACAUCACAAGAAGAAGAAACACAAGAGGAAAAGCAAGAGACGUAAGAGUAAGGAGAGGACGGACAAGCCUAGCCCUGUUCUCAUUACAAUAACCUCUGACAGUGACAGUACUGACCCCACUCUACCAUCAAGCAGUAAUAUCUGUGCAUCUACCUCCACCAUUGUGGACAGUGCUACAGAAAGUAAGCUGCUUGAGUCCAGUUUCCUAGACAUGGGGCAACAAGGAACUGCUGGUGUUGAAAAUAGUGCCAUCGGUGAUGACAGCACCCCCAAAUAGAUUAGUGCCGUGCCAGAGUAUGAGUUCAUAUGGUAAAACGAACUGUUAUUGAACACCUCAGCGAAGAUGUGACAAAGGACUGUUGUUGUUAUACCCAAAUGUUUAUUUUGUGUAUGUCUUAGCUUAUAAAUAAAGGGAUCGGUUUUAGAUGUGAUGUUAAUCUUUAUGCAGAGUUUUUAAUUAUGUAAAAAGAUGAAGACCUUUGCACUUAUGAAAAUGUAUAUAUUCCAAGCUCUCUAUACAAAUAUUGUGCCUAAAUAGUUAUAUAAACGUACAACAUAGGAUACACUAAAUGACAUCACGAUAUGCAAUGAAUUUGCACAACAAAAUGGUCUUAUUUUGCAAGUGUGUUAAUAAUCACCACUUUGCCGUGUUUUAAAGUUGUUGUUUUUUUCAUGUGGCUGUCUAAAAUACAUUGAAAUGGAUCAGACAUCUAUAUUUAUUUUGUGUAAGCCAAAAUGUUUAUUUUGGUGUAUGUUUGCUUUAAAAAAGUGUCUUACACCGGAGUUACUACCAUUUGGUCCAAUUUCCAAGACAAGUUCAGAGAAUAAAUUAAAGAUGGUGUUUAUGACAUUUGCCAUUUACAACAGAUAUCUGGAUUAAGUGUUAACAAGGUUAAGAGGAAAUAUUAGACUUCUUGUGAUACCCUUUUGUCAUAAUAUUGAAUCACUACACUGGAUGAUUAAUAGUGAAUGAAUGAAGUGUUUCGUUUUUAUCUAAAGGUGUUGAUAUAUGUACACUGGCGGCCAAAAGUUUAGAAUGAUGUACAGAUUUUGCUCUUAUGGAAAGAAAUAUACUUUUAUUUACAAAAGUGGCGUUCAGCUGAUCACAAUAUAAAGUCAGGAUAUUAAUAACAUGAAAAAUCACUACAACAUAUUCAGAACUUCUUAAACUACUUCAAAGAGUUCUCGUCAUAAAAUCCUCCAUGUGCAGCGAUGACAGCUUUGCAGAUCUUGUUAUUCCAGCGGUCAGUUUGUCCAGAUACUCAGGUGACCUUUCACCCCACACUUCCUGUAGCACUUGCCCUUUCACCCCACACUUCCUGUAGCACUUGCCAUAGAUGUGUCUGUCUUGUCGAGCAAUUCUCACGCAUCUUACAGUCUAACUGAUCCCUCAAAUGCUCAAUGGGGUGAAGAUCCGUAACACUCUUUUCCAAUUAUCUGUUGUCCAGUGUCUGUGUUUCUUUGCCCACUCAAACCUUUUCUAGAGUCUUCUCUUUACUGUUGUACAUGAAACUGGUGUUGAGCGGGUAGAAUUCAAUGAAGCUGUCAGUGGAGGACAUGUGAGGCGUCUAUUUCUCAAACUAGAGACUCUGAUGUACUUAUCCUCUUGUUUAGUUGCACAUCUUCCACAUCUCUUCCUGUCCUUGUUAGAGACAGUUGUCUUUGUCUUUAAAGACUGUAGUGACACCUUUGGAUGAAAUCUUAAGUUUUAUUUGGCAAUUUCAAGCAUUUUUUUGCCUUCAUUCCUCAAAACAAUGAUUGACUGAUGAGUUUCUAGAGAAAGCGGUUUCUUAUUUGCCAUUUCUGACCUAAUAUUGACCUUAAGACAUGUCAGUCUAUUACAUACUGUGCAACUCAAACACAAACACAAAGACAAUGUUCAGCUUCAUUUAAUGAACCAAAUAUCUUUUAGCUGCUUUUGAUAUAAUGGCAAGUGAUUUUCUAGAAUCAAAUGAUCAAUUUAUCAUGAUUACUCAAGAAUAAGGUGUUGGAGUGAUGCUGCGGAAUAGAUUUGAUCAAAAAUGAAGUUUUUCAAAUAGUGAUGGUGCUGUUUUACAUCAGUAAUGUCCCGACUAUACUUGUGAUCAGCUGAAUGCCACUUUGAUGACUACAAGUACCAAUUUCCUUCUGAAACAGCAAAAUCUGUACAUUAUUCCAAACUUUUGCCCACCAGUAUAUAUAUACAUAUACAGAACUGUGCAAAAGUCUUAUCCACAUAAGAUGUAUCACAAAAGCAUUUGUCUUCAGAUGGUUAUUUAUAUCUUCAGCUUUAGUGUGUCAAUAGGAGAUAUAAAUGUUAGACUCACAAAUGUUACUUAUGCAUAUAGAAAAGAUUAGAAUAGAAGAACAGGGAGCCCUGCAAUAGAUGGCAAUGCCCCCACUGAACAUCGGGUCAGUCUGAGAUUACAUAAAGAGACAGAAGCGAUUGGGACAGCCAAAAUAGAUAGAAGAACUGGCGAAUUCUCCAAGAGGCUUGGAACAUCUGAUCUGCCGACAACCAAGUUAAACUGUCCAGGUGUACCAAGGAGAAUUGGGGCUGUUUAAAGGCAAAGGUUGUCAACAAAUAUUGAUUUAGCCUUUUUUUUAUGUUUACUGGACUUUGUAUGAUGUUACUUGAUAAAUGAAAACUCUUUAUGCCAUUAUUUUUGAAGACAUCCUCACUAUGCAUAAUUUUUCUCAAGUGCCUAAAACAUUUGUGAAUAUGAAGGUAAAUGUUUUAUCAUGACAAUAACAUACAGGCAUAUAUGU